AUGGCGACUCACAGAAGCUCACUGAGCAAAAGCGACAUUGGGGUAGUCGACCACCGGCCAUCUACCGAAGCCCACCUUGAAAAGGUACCCGAAGCCAUCGAGGUUGGUCCCUACCGAGUGUAUGGACUCUCCCGUGAGGAUGCCGACUUCUAUAACAACUAUCCAGAAGAGAAGAGAAAGAAAGUCUUCCGCAAGGUCGACGUUCGUCUGAUUCCGAUGCUCGCUCUGCUGUACCUCAUCUGCCAUAUCGAUCGUGCAAACAUUGGAAAUGCCAAGAUUGAAGGCAUGGUUGAGGACUUGGGCAUGACCGGUGUUCAAUACAAUACUGUCCUAUCCAUUUUCUUUAUUCCAUACGUUCUUUUCGAGAUUCCAAGCAACAUUAUUCUCAAGAAAGUCAAGCGCCCUUCCACAUAUCUCGGUAGCCUUACCCUAGCAUGGGGCAUCGUCAUGACCUGCACAGGCUUGGUUAAGAACUUCGCCGGACUGAUGGUUACCCGAAUUCUUCUGGGAACCUUCGAAGCUGGAUUCUUUCCCGGUGCCAUUUAUCUUUGUUCCUACUGGUAUAUGCCAAACGAUCUGUCGACCCGUAUUUCAUACUUCUAUUGCGCAAGUGCUCUGUCUGGUGCCUUCUCUGGUCUUCUAGCAGCCGCGAUCGCUGAGAUGGAUGGAGUCGGCGGCCUUGAAGGAUGGCGCUGGAUUUUCAUCCUUGAAGGCCUCGCUACCGUUGUUCUCGGUGUUAGCUGUUUCUUUUUGCUCAUCGACACUCCAACACUCUCUACGCGCUGGCUCGAGCCCGAGGAGAUUCGAUACUUGGAACUUUCCAUCUUCAUCAAGCAAGGUGGUGGCUCAAAGGAGGAAGAGAGUGGGCGCAAGGUCAACUGGCACGACCUCAAGAUGAACCUGACCAACUGGAGAAUUUACGUCCAGGCAUACUUCCUGCUAUGCCAGUCGGCGCUAUCAUAUGGCAUCAAGUUCACGCUUCCGACUAUUACAAAAGCCAUGGGCUUCGCCAACACGGAAGCCCAAUUGCUUUCAGCCCCACCAUAUGUCGCUGCUGCUAUUUCGGCCAUUACAUUCGCCAAACUCUCUGAUCGUUUCUUCUGGAGAAUGCCGUUCCUCGUCAUUCCCCUUGCGAUCGUCGCUAUUGGGUAUUCCAUUAUUCUCUCCCUUAACGGAGCUCUCGAGGCAAAGAAGGGGGUUGCUUACUUCUCUGUCGUCCUCGCUGUCAUUGGAAUUUAUCCCAUCCAAGCAGCAGCCGCUUCAUGGAACGCAAACAACAUUGCACCUGCCUCGCGACGAGCGAUUGGCAUUGCGCUGAUGAACUGCGUCGGAAAUGUUGGUGGCAUUGUCGGUAGCUUCAUGUACCUGGAGAGUGAGAAGCCCAAGUACCACACUGGAUUUGGAUUGAGCUUGGCCUUUGGAGGCAGUGGCCUCAUUGUAGCACUUUUGCUUGAGUGGAGCUACAAGAUGGCGAAUGCGCGCAAAGCUAAGAUUGCCGACGAGGCAAAGGAGAAGUACACUGAACAAGAAUUGUUCGCUUUGGGAGACAGGUCGCCUUUAUUCAAGUAUGUGCUGUAA